UUACACGCGUAUGCACACCAUCGGCUAUGAGAGCGAAGAAAGGCAUCUAUACGCUUUUAUGACUGAUAUUAAAUACUGGAGCAACAUUUCCGAAGAAACGUUUACAACCUGGUGGUCUGUGUUCUUUGGGACAGCUAAAACUACGUUGCUAACCUUAACGUUAGAAUUAAAAAAUCUCAGACGGCGAGGCUGGUAAAAGAGGGUGGGAGGAAGAAAAGCGGUCUGCAGUUGAUAAAACGAUUUCUGCGGUGAAUAUUUCGGUACAAACGGCAUCCAGGAUUGGUCCGUAAAGAGAAACUAUUGAUUUUUUUCUAUGAAAUUAACGUUAUCUAUUGGAAUGCCGUUCUGCAUAUGAUGCUCAAGCCUCUUCUGCACAAUGUCGUCCCCGUCUGACCUACCAACACACGCCAGCUAGCUAGCCAGCUAGUCUUCUCAAGCAGCGUCGAGGAGGAACACCGUGCUGCUGAACGAAGAGUGUCCCUCCAUUAUUAUUUUUUAAAGAAAUGGAAUAUGAAGAUGCGGAUAAUCAAAAGAUUGGAAUAUACAGCCUGUUUUUUGAGGCGCUUAUGCACACAUCGGUAUAUGGACUGCACGAUUUGUGAAGACAUUCGAAUACCAUUGAUAUUCACAUGUCCCAUGCCGAAAAAAACCUAGCGUAGCUAACAGGCUAACUGGCUUGAGAUCUCCCCAACAACAGACUCCCGAGAAAUUCCACCGCACGCCAAAAGGCUAGCUAGCAGUUUGUUGGAUGGCUAGCUAAUGUUAGUGCUCUAGUUUGCAUUUAAAGUAUUAUUGUUGAUUAUCUAGCUCCUCCACGAAUUAUUUUUGCUAAUACAGUUAAAUUAUCAAGGAGCCAUUAGAUGCAGCCCGCUGGAUAACUGUCUGAACAACCAAGCAUUGCUGGAAAACCAGAAUUUAGCUAGCAGAGCUAGCUUCUCUUUUUUUUUUCAGGACUGUGGACAACAACCGCAAGCUAGGUAGCCAUCGACCAGGCUAUCUACGCUUAUUUUGCUUAGUGAAAACAGUUGCAAGGCAUUAAAGACAUAUUUUGUUUUGCUAGGACCGCACUUGCUUACAGGAAUGAGGUCUAGUAAACGAAGAAAUUAUUUGACCUUGUUUUACGGUCUGCUGCUGUCCCUUUCAACAAUCUACCUCGGGCCCGCAAAUGGAAAAAUAUGUGGCCCGAGCAUCGACAUCGGAAAUGACUUUGCGGAGUUCAGCCGGCUGGAGAACUGCACGGUGGUGGAGGGCUACCUGCAGAUCCUGCUCAUCGGCGACAAGAACGGCGGCGCCAACCAGGAGGUCUUCCGCUCGCUCAGCUUCCCCAAGCUCACGGUCAUCACCGACUACCUGCUCCUGUUCCGCGUGGCCGGACUGGACAGCCUCAGCACGCUCUUCCCCAACCUGACGGUCAUCCGCGGCCACAACCUCUUCUACAACUACGCGCUGGUCAUCUUCGAGAUGACCAGCCUCAAGGACAUCGGCCUGUACAACCUGCGGAACAUCACGCGCGGCGCCAUCCGGAUCGAGAAGAACCCCGAGCUGUGCUACCUGGACUCCGUGGACUGGUCACUCAUCAUGGAUACGGGCACGGGCAACAACUUCAUCGCCGGCAACAAGCAGGCCAAGGAGUGCGGCAACGUCUGCCCGGGCAUCGUCGAGGACCAGCAGCAGUGCGUCAAGACCGGCCGAUGCUGGACCUCCGGCCACUGCCAGAAGGUGUGCCCUGAGCAUUGCGGCGUGCGUGCGUGCACGGACGCAGGCGAGUGCUGCCACCCCCAGUGCCUGGGCAGCUGCACGGCGCCGGAUAACGACAUGGCGUGCGCCGCCUGCGCCCGCUACUACCACGAGGGCCGCUGCGUGGCCGAGUGCCCGGCGGGCACCUACCGCUUCGAGGGGUGGCGCUGCAUCUCCAUGGACGUCUGCGCCAAGGUGCACCUGCCCGAGACCGAGUGCUUCGUCAUCCACGCCGGCGAGUGCAUGCCCGACUGCCCGCCGGGAUUCAACCGCAACGGCAGCCAGAGCAUGUUUUGUCGGGCGUGUGACGGCGUGUGCGAUAAGAUCUGCGAGUCCAAGAACAUCGACUCUGUGAACGCGGCUCAGAGCCUCAAGGGCUGCACAGUCAUCAAAGGCAACCUGAACAUCAACAUCCGCAGAGGAGACAACAUCACUGCGGAGCUGGAGAACUUCAUGGGUCUGAUUGAGACGGUGACCGGCUACGUGAGGAUCCGCCAUUCCCACACACUCCAGUCGCUCUCCUUCCUCAGGAGCCUGCGCUACAUCAACGGAGAACAGCUCUGGGAAGACAUGUAUGCCUUCUCCGUGCUGGACAACCAGGACCUGGAGCGGCUGUGGAACUGGAGCUCCCACAAGCUGACGAUCCGCGCGGGGAAGCUGCUGUUCCGCUUCAACCCCAAGCUGUGCAUGAGCCAGAUCAGCACCAUGUGGGAGAGGACCGGCAUCAGCGGCAAGUUCGAGAAGGACAACUUCAGAAACAACGGAGACCGAGCCAGCUGUGAGAGUGGGAAGCUGAUCUUCAAGUCCAACAGCACCACCAGCAGCAAGAUCACCCUGACAUGGCAGAGGUACCGCCCUCCGGAUCAGGACCAUGGCGGGUUCGUGGUGUACUACAAAGAGGCAUCUUUCCAGAACAUCACGGGGUUUGACGGACAGGUCAGCUGUGGCCUGAACAGCUGGAACAUGCUGGACUUGGAAUCUCCGAAGGACCAUAACCGCGACCCGGAGGUGCAGCUGAGCCACUUGAAGCCGUGGACGCAGUACGCCAUCUUUGUCAGGGCUUUCACCCUCUUGCAGGACCGCAGCCACGACGCCAUGAGCGACAUCGUCUACAUUCGCACCAAAGCGUCAGAGCCCUCGAUGGCCAUGGACCUGCGGGCCUUCUCCAACUCCUCCAACAAGCUGCUGCUCAGGUGGUCCCCUCCAGUGCACCCCAAUGGCAACCACACCUUCUACCUGGUGCGCUGGCAGCAACAGCCUGAGGAGCGCACGCUCUACCAGCACAACUACUGCGCUAAAGGCCUAAAGACGCCGGUCCGCUUUGCUGCCACGCGAGCGUCGGACGGCGAGGAGGACACCAAGCCCACGAAGCCGGACUCGGCCGCAGAGAAGGGCCCGUGCUGCCCCUGCCCCAAGAACCCCGAGGAGCUCCAGGACGAGAUAGACAACGCAGCCUACCGCAAGGUGUUCGAGAACUUCCUGCACAACUCCAUCUUCACCCCCAGACCCCCAGACCGUCGGCGGAGGGACCUGUUUGGCGUCGCCAACGGCACGCUUCCGCAGUCGUCGCCGUUGAACGGCAGCGUAACCGAGGGCAACGGGACGGACGGGGGCGUGGUGGAGCGCGAGUUCGAGUUCCACGAGCGGAAGGUGUGGGAACGCAGCAUCGAGGUCACCGGCCUGCAGCCCUUCACCGUCUACCGCAUCGACCUGCACGCCUGCAACCAGGGCGUCCACUUCUGCAGCGCAUCCAGCUUUGUGCUCUCAAGGACCAAGCAAGCAGAGAAAGCCGAUGACAUCCCAGGGAAAGUGACGUGGGAGUGGCUUAAGGACUCGGUCUUCCUGAAAUGGCCAGAGCCCAUUAAGCCCAACGGCCUCAUUCUGCUUUACGACAUCGAGUACCGCCUGGGCAACGAGCAGGAGAAGCUGGAGUGUGUGUCGCGUCAGCUGUACCGUAAGCAGGGCGGCGGGCGGCUGCCCCACCUGGGCCCCGGUAACUACUCGGCCCGCGUCAGGGCCACCUCACUCGCCGGCAACGGCUCCUGGACAGAGCCCGUGGCCUUCUACGUGCCACACCUGGACCCGUACGAUAACCUUCUUUACCUUGUGAUCUUUCUGCCCCUACUGGUCAUUUUCGCCGUUAUCCUGAGUGGGGUUUUCUACAUGGUCAACAAGAAAAGGAACAGUGAUCGUCUGGGCAAUGGGGUCCUGUACGCCUCUGUUAACCCAGAAUACUUCAGUGCUGCUGAAAUGUACGUGCCUGACGAGUGGGAGGUGGCGCGGGAGAAGAUCACGCUGUGUCGGGAGCUGGGCCAGGGCAGCUUCGGCAUGGUGUACGAGGGCAUCGCCAAGGGCGUCGUCAAGGACGAGCCGGAGACGCGCGUGGCCAUCAAGACGGUCAACGAGUCGGCCAGCAUGCACGAGCGCAUCGAGUUCCUCAACGAGGCCUCCGUCAUGAAGGAGUUCAACUGCCACCACGUGGUGCGUCUGCUGGGCGUGGUGUCACAGGGACAGCCCACUCUGGUGAUUAUGGAACUUAUGACUCGUGGAGACCUGAAGAGUCACCUGAGAUCACUUCGUUCCAAAGAGAGCUGCACGAGUCUGCCGCUGCCGCCGCUGAAGAAGAUGACGCAGAUGACGGGGGAGAUAGCGGACGGCAUGGCCUACCUCAACGCCAACAAGUUUGUGCACAGAGACCUGGCCGCCAGGAACUGCAUGGUGGCCGAGGACUUCACCGUCAAGAUCGGAGACUUUGGCAUGACGCGGGACAUCUACGAGACGGACUACUACCGUAAGGGGGGGAAGGGGCUGCUGCCUGUGCGCUGGAUGUCCCCCGAGUCCCUGAAGGACGGAGUCUUCACCACCAUGUCCGACGUCUGGUCGUUUGGGGUGGUGCUGUGGGAGAUCGCCACCCUGGCGGAGCAGCCCUACCAGGGCAUGGCCAACGAGCAGGUGCUGCGCUUCGUCAUGGAGGGAGGCCUGCUGGAGAAGCCUGACAACUGCCCCGACAUGCUGUUUGAGCUGAUGCGGAUGUGCUGGCAGUACAACCCAAAGAUGCGUCCGUCCUUCCUGGAGAUCAUCAGCAGCAUCAAGGAGGAGCUGGAGGCUCCGUUUCGCGAGGUCAGCUUCUUCUACAGCGAGGAGAACAAGGCGCCGGACACGGAGGAGCUGGACCUGGAGGCCAUGCACAACGUGCUGCUGGACGCCCAGAGCACCCUGCAGCCGCUGACCGCCGCCAACGCCGCCGCGCCGACCUCAACCAACAACGCCAACAUGGCCGCCGCCAACAUGGCAGCCGCCAACGCCAGCAUGGCUGCCGCUGCCGCCUCUAGUGGUGCAAUCGCUGCCAUGAACGCCGGCAUUGUUGCCGCGGCGACCGCCUCCAGCAGCAGCAUCAGCAUCAGCAGCAGCAGCAACAACAACAACGGCGGCGCUGCUGCCGCUACCGCUACCGCUACCGCCGCCACCUCGCCGGGCUCCCCGACCAGCGUCACGGGCGCUGCUGCCGCGGCUGGAGCGGUCGGCGUGGCAACGGCGGCGGCUGGGUCGGGGGCAGGCGUCGCCUCGGGGUCUCCGCUCGCCCCUUCCUCGCCCUCCUCGUCGCCCGGCUCGGACAGGCCCUCGGGGGCGGGCGCGGCGGCCAACGGGCCAAUGGUGUUGCUGGGGGCGGGUCUGGACGAGAGCCAGCCGUACGCGCACAUGAACGGCCGCAAGAGUCAGAGGGCGCUGCCGCUGCCGCAGUCAUCGGCGUGCUGACCCUACCAUCACACACUCACACAUACGCCCGCGCUCUCUCUCUCACACACACACACACGGAUACCAGACACACAAGCAUAGACACACACAUGUGUGUGUUCACAUACACGUGAGCGUGCCUGCCUCAGCUUUUUGCUCCUCUCAACAGCAGAUCUCCUCUCUUCUUUCUUCUUCCCUCUCUCUAUCCCCCUCUCUCCCCCUCCUCCUUCUUCUCUUCCUCUUCUCUGGCCCCACUCUUCAUCCUUCUGUUUCUGUUCUUUCCCUCCUUCAUGAGAGAGAGAGAGCGCGUGCGACUGGGGAGCGAGGCAGCCGCAUCUUUUCCACGUCUGUCCAGCGAUUCCCUGUGGUGCGGAAGGACUGGAGUUCAUUUCUGUGUGUAUGUGUGCAGCCCGGAGCGAGCCUUCAGCACGGACACUAGGUGGCGCUAGAGUGCUCGGAAGGUGAGGCGGGGGGGGGGCCAGGGGGCGACAAACAGAGGUGGUGUGGCGUCGGCAAGGCAUCAUCGUCGUCGUCGCGGCAACUGGAGUUUCUACCAUACCUCAGUGGACCUUUUCCUAUUUUUUUUUUACAUUUUUUUUUUUGAUUUCCUAUCAACUGACAAUAGCACCAACCAACCUGCUGCUGUCUUAGGAGUGUGGACAGAUAGGAGGACUUAUUGACUGACUGA